UGCUCUCAGCUUACGGUCACACUGUCAACAGGAAAAACGCGAACGCGUAUCAAAAAAAUAAUUUUAUAAUUUUAUUUAAUUUAUUAGUUCUUAGCGAUAAAUCAGCAGAACGCUAGAGUCUCGGACUUCAUAGGCAUAACAAAUAUGGGCAGUGCGCUGGAAAACUAUGUGAAUCAGGUGCGCACACUAAGCGCAGCGGGCAGCUACCGGGAGCUGGCCGAUGAGUUGCCCGAAUCGCUGUCGCUGCUGGUGCGCAACUGGAGCAUAUUGGACAAUGUGCUCGAAACGCUAGACAUGCAACAGCACACGCUGGGCGUGCUCUAUGUGCUGCUCGGCAAACUGCACAGCGCGGCGACCGCCAAUCCGGAGCCGGUACAAAUCAUCCAAUUGAUGCGCGAAUUUGUGCAGCGCAGCAAUGUGGAGCAGCUACGCUUUGCCGUCUGUCCCUUUUACGAGACUUGUCAUUUGUUUACGGACUUUCUGGUGCAGAAGAACCUUAGCAUUUUGGGCAUUAAGGUGCUGUCGCGUGCCAUUGAGCAAAUUAGACAAAUGGAUACACAGCUAACGCCCAUACACGCCGAUCUCUGCCAGCUGAGCCUUAAGGCAAAAAACUUUAAUCUGAUACUGCCCUAUCUGGAUACGGACAUAACAGACAUCUCCACCGUUGCCGCCGAGUGCAAAAAUCAGCAACAACAGCAGCCGCAGCAUACGCUGGAUGCCAACAACGAUGCCAAGUACUUUUUGUUGUACUAUUAUUAUGGCGGCAUGAUCUAUACGGCAAUCAAGAACUAUGAGCGCGCCUUGUAUUUCUUUGAGGUGUGCAUCACCACGCCCGCCAUGGCCAUGUCGCACAUCAUGCUGGAGGCAUACAAAAAGUUUCUCAUGGUUUCACUGAUUGUCGAGGGCAAGAUAUCGUAUAUACCAAAGAACGCACAGGUCAUUGGGCGUUUUAUGAAGCCGCUGGCCAACUAUUAUCAUGAUCUGGUCAAUGUGUAUGAGAACUCGUCGAGCGAGGAGCUGCGCAUUAUUAUACUCAAAUACAGUGAAGCAUUUACGCGUGAUAACAACAUGGGCCUGGCCAAGCAGGUGGCGACGUCCCUCUACAAACGUAACAUACAGCGUCUGACGAAAACCUUUCUCACGCUCUCCCUGAGCGACGUAGCCAGCCGUGUCCAGCUGCCCAGUGCCGUUGAAGCGGAGCGCUAUAUAUUGAACAUGAUCAAGUCGGGCGAAAUCUUUGCGAGCAUCAAUCAGAAAGAUGGCAUGGUGCUGUUCAAGGAUGAUCCAGAGCAAUACAAUUUGCCGGACAUGUUUCUAAAUGUGCAAACGAAUAUAACGCAGGUGCUCGAUUUGGUGAAACAAAUCAACAAAAUGGAAGAGGAGAUCAUAUUGAAUCCCAUGUAUGUGAAAAAGGCGCUGGGCAGUCAGGACGAGGACUUGGCGUCACAGCACCCCAAGACCUACUCGGGCGAUCCCACGGAUUGAUAUGCCAGCACACAAAAAGCAAAACGAGCAGCCGCAGCAGCCGACUCUAAAGAAAAGCGUGCACUGGGCCACAAACUGCUAUGGAGGAAAAAGAAAGAAAGAAAGAAAGAAAUUAUAGAUGAAACACGCUAUUUUAAAUAAAACCUAUGUAUAAAUCAAUGACUAACGGGGCAUUUUAAUCAAUGCCUUCAAUUAUUAUUGAUGACAUGCCAUGCCCACAGAUAACCAAGGCGCAAUCAUCAUGAUAACGAGGCUUUACGGCGAUCAUGCGAUACAGAAAUUGCUUUGCACUUGGCCAGGGCUUCACUUGGUCUAAAAUUACCCAUUUGUAUUUAACAAUUUGUUUUUUAUUUGUAUUUACAAUAUCAAUGUCGGACAUAAGACGUUUUAACUAACCCACAACAAUAUGGGCUAUACGCUAUGGCUAAUUAAAUGACUAGACUGUCUGACACAAA